CUGCACUUUCAUUGAAACGUCUUGUUGUUUCCCAGGCUAGGAAAUAAGUUCACAGGCUUUAUUUGAGCUUUGGAUGACAAGAGGGCACCACCAGAAGAUAAAAGCCGAGAAGUUGUCUUUGGAUUUCCCUGAAAGUCGAGUGGGACCCGCCAAAAAUUGACGGGGGAAGUAUACAUUUUAGAGCAGUGAGCCAUCGAAUAAAAAAAAAAAGGCUGCAGUAGCAACCGAGUUAGAAGCGUGCAACAUUGUUGCAGUAAGGUUGGAACUGCGCCGACAAGGGAAUAGCACACUGCAAUGCUUAACUGGAAACCAUUUUAUCAGACUUUUCUAUUGUAAAGUUUUCUCAAAUUCGAAUUAAAUCUCUGGUGUUUAACGGGAAUACAAAAAAUAUUUUUGAAAAAAGGAUACAUAAAUAAAAUAAAAAAAUAUGCCGGACCAAAUUACAGUUUCGGAGUUCGUGGCGGAGACAAAUGAAGAUUACAAAGCGCCGACGGCUUCAAACUUCACCACCAGAAUGUCCCACUGUAGGAAUACCGUGACCGCUUUGGAGGAGGCGCUGGAUGUGGACCGCAGCGUGCUGUACAAGAUGAAGAAGUCCGUUAAGGCCAUCUACACCUCGGGUCUGGCCCAUGUGGAGAAUGAGGAGCAGUACACCCAGGCUCUGGAGAAGUUUGGGGAGAACUGUGUCUACAGGGACGACCCCGACCUGGGUUCUGCCUUCCUCAAGUUCUCGGUCUUCACCAAGGAGCUCACCGCCCUCUUCAAAAACCUGUUCCAGAACAUGAACAACAUCAUCACCUUCCCCCUGGACAGCCUGCUGAAAGGAGACCUGAAAGGAGUCAAAGGGGACCUGAAAAAGCCAUUUGAUAAGUCCUGGAAAGACUAUGAAACAAAAGUCACUAAGAUCGAGAAGGAGAAGAAGGAGCACGCGCGGCAGCACGGCAUGAUCCGCACGGAGAUCAGCGGGGCGGAGAUCGCAGAGGAGAUGGAGAAGGAGAGGAGGUUCUUCCAGCUGCAGAUGUGUGAGUAUCUUCUCAAAGUGAACGAGAUCAAGAUCAAGAAAGGGGUGGACCUACUCCAGAAUCUCAUCAAAUAUUUCCACGCACAGUGCAAUUUUUUUCAGGACGGGCUGAAAGCAGUAGACAACCUCAAACCAUCCAUAGAGAAACUAGCCACAGACUUACACACGAUAAAGCAGGCCCAGGACGAGGAGAGGAAGCAGCUCACUCAGCUACGGGACGUCCUCAAGUCAGCGCUGCAGGUGGAGCAGAAGGAGGAUUCCCAGGUGCGACAGAGCGCUACCUACAGUUUGCACCAGCCGCAGGGAAACAAGGAGCACGGUACCGAGCGCUGUGGGAACCUCUACAAGAAGAGUGACGGGAUAAGGAAAGUGUGGCAGAAGAGAAAGUGUUCAGUGAAGAAUGGAUACCUCACCAUAUCACAUGGGACGGCGAACCGACCGCCGGCCAAACUCAACCUCCUCACCUGUCAGGUGAAACAUAACCCAGAAGAGAAGAAGAGCUUUGACCUCAUCUCACAUGACAGAACCUAUCACUUUCAGGCCGAGGACGACCCAGAAUGUCAGAUAUGGAUCUCUGUGCUGCAGAACAGCAAGGAGGAAGCGCUGAAUAACGCCUUUAAGGGGGACCAGCACGUUGGAGAGAACAACAUAGUCCAGGAACUGACCAAGGCCAUCCUGGGAGAGGUCAAGAGGAUGACCGGCAACGACAUCUGCUGUGACUGCGGCGCUCCCAACCCUACCUGGCUCUCCACUAACCUGGGCAUCCUGACCUGUAUUGAGUGUUCUGGGAUCCACAGGGAGCUGGGAGUCCAUUACUCUAGGAUCCAGUCCCUCACACUGGAUGUACUCAGCACCUCUGAACUCUUGCUGGCCAAGAACGUGGGGAAUGCAGGCUUUAACGACAUCAUGGAGGCGUGUCUAUCUGCGGAAGAUGUGGUCAAACCCAACCCUGCCAGUGACAUGCAAGCCCGUAAGGACUUCAUCACAGCUAAGUACACCGAGAAGCGUUUCGCCAGGAGGAAGUGUCCAGACGGGGUGUCCAAGCUGCACACCCUGUGUGACGCGGUCAAGGCCCGGGACAUCUUCUCUCUGAUCCAGGUGUACGCUGAGGGAGUUGACCUGAUGGAGCCCAUCCCCCUGGCCAACGGACAUGAACAAGGAGAGACGGCCCUUCACCUAGCGGUCAGACUAGUGGACAGGACCUCGCUCCAUAUCGUCGACUUCCUCACUCAAAACAGUGUGAACCUGGACAAGCAGACAACCAAAGGCAGCACGGCCCUCCACUACUGCUGCCUGACUGACAACAUGGAGUGUUUGAAACUGCUGCUGCGGGGCAAGGCAUCCAUAGACAUUGCGAAUGAGUCUGGGGAGACGCCGCUGGACAUCGCUAAGAGACUGAAGCACCUGCAGUGUGAGGAGCUGCUGAACACGGCGUUGGCGGGGAAGUUCAACGUCCACGUGCACGUAGAGUACGAGUGGCGUCUGCACCAUGAAGACAUGGACGAGAGUGACGAGGACCUGGAUGAGAAGGUGAGGCCCAGCCCCCACCGGCGAGAGGAACGCCCGGUCAGCUGCUACACCCCUGGCUCCAACUCCCAGCGCCAGCCCAGCCCUGCUUCGUUGGCACGCGACGCUGCCAGCCUGGCCAAGGACAAGCAGCGUGGUGGGUACAUGCCCAACCUGGUCAACAACGAGACCUACGGCACCAUCCUCGACGCCAGCCCCCCCGUGCCCGGGGGGCUCACCCCCACCUCUGCUCCCCCUCUUCCCCCACGGAACAUAGUCCAGUCAUCAGGGUCCUCUGGGUGGAAGCCUGGCUCUAUAGACCUGGGGGUCCGACAGAGGUCCUCCUCAGACCCUCCCAAUAUCCACCCCCCCGUACCCCCCAUGAGGGUCACCUCAACCACAGGUCUUGCUCCUCCGCCUGUGGCCAAGACAGUGAGUAUGAUGGAGGCGAUGAACCAGCAGUCAAAACCGGGGACCGGACAGGGCCACAACAGAGCCCCAACACCUAAGUCGCCUUCUGGCAACGACAAAAGCUUCAGUAAAGGACCGACUCGAACUGGGUCCAUCGAAAGACCAGCUAAAGAAGUGCCGGGAUAUCCCCACAACUCAGUAGGUCAAUCGCUGCCUCCCGCCCCCAUGCCUAGGAAGACCUAUCCGAAGCAGAGGCCCAAGCGGGUGAAGGCCAUCUACAACUGUAUGGCGGACAAUGCAGACGAGCUGACCUUCUCUGAGGGGGAGGUGAUCGUGGUGGAUGGGGAGGAGGACCAGGAGUGGUGGCUGGGCCACAUCGAAGGAGAACCUAUGAGGAGGGGGGCUUUCCCCGUCACAUUUGUACACUUCAUCAUGGACUGAAGGUCAAAGGUCACCAGAGGUCAACACAGGACCUGGAAUGGAAACCAUGGAAAUGCCCUCCACCUCCCCACGGCAAAAUUAUCUUUGUCAUCGGCAAAGCUUGUGCCUGCACCGACACUAAAGAAGAGUGAAGUGUCGCUGCCCAAUGCUUUGGCUAUACAGUCUGUUGCCAUGACAACAGAUAACCCUUUACUCCAGGAAUGUCAUGUGAUGUCAUAUCACUCUUUUUAGGCCAAGCCUGCAAAGGCUCGUGGGGAAACUGUGUUUUGACUUCUGACACCAUCUGACAUUAAAAAAAAACGAUGAUUGUAGUAGAUAACCUCUUGCAAUAAAAUGCACUUUCUGCUUAUUUAUCCUGGUCGCAACAUUUAGAGGAUUAUUGACAAAAUGAAGGUUCUGUUAAUAACUAUUUCACUCUGUUGUCUUCGGUUUUGUGAAUUGUACAGAAAGUUCUUCAAGGACAGCUGACAGGGACAGUAACGUGUAUCUUUAGGAUUUCUUUCACUUAUUGUUAAUGUGAAUACAGUCUAUAUGCUUACAUUCCAUCUCCUUGCAUGGUUAAAGGGUGAACAAUGGCUAAACGCUUAACUGCUUAAUAGGCAAAGGCAUGUAAACUUUAUAGCACUCACAAUGUGGGAAGCAGACUCAGUGGUGGUGGUGCCUGGAGAAGUGGGUAUACUAUAAUUUGGCAAAAAUAAAUCCCAAAGGCCUGCUUGGGGAAGGAAAGGCGCCUGUGUGAAAAACUCUAUGACAAAAAAUGAUGAAUCCCAUGUUGGUCUUUAACAGUUCAGGAAACCCAACCUGUACUGUGCUAGUAGUCUGAUAGUAGGACUACUAUUGAAACAAAUAAAUGAGGCGGUCAACUGAGUCAGAAAUAUUCAGUCAAACAAAUUCUCUGCAAGUCUCACUUUUUAAUAGAACAUCCAAUUUAGUUGUUUUUCUAAGUCCACAACAGGUGCAUGUCCAAAUGCAUGAAUGGACAUGCACCUAGUUUACAUUAAAUUGAGUUUUUUUGGGGAAAGCCUUUCCAUCUAGGCUACAAGAAGGUGAUUAGGCCUAUGAUUAGCUUUGCUAUAUUUUUUCCUGUUCCUUAAUUAUUAAACGUCCAGGUUUCAAACGUCAUAUUAUUAUUAUAUUAUUAUUAUCAUGUCUUACAUUCUUCAAAGUAGCCUAUAGUUAAAAUCCCACCACAUAAACAUGGUCAUUAUUUUAUAAAGAAAUCCUCAUAUUCCACACUCCUGUUCUAUUGGUUUUUAAAUCCGCUUUCUUUCAUUGUUUAUCAGGCAAAGGCAUUAUCGUCGUCAUAUUAGCAACCCGUAAUAAUUGUUGCAUCUUAAGAUCUCCCCAUCUUUCAAAAUGUCUCCGUCUAUGAAGCCGCUCGCAUGUGCAGUGCACAUUUUUAGAACUGCGUUUCCCUGCAAAUUGCGUUUUGGAACAUUUGCGUGUAACCCGACCGCCCACCUGCACAUUACUGCGCUUAAAAUGUGAAGAAAUAAUAGUUAAUCAACGUUUUAAGCUAAACAUUCUGAUCGGAUCCAUCAGCCUUAUGGAUAGGGCGUAUACCUUCCACCACACUAGCCUACUUUGAUAUACAUCGUGGGAUUAAGAAGUUGAGGAUAUGCAAUGCCCACAAAAGUGGGUGUAAGGCUGUGUAUACCCGCCACCACACCACUCGUUAAACUUAAUUCAAAAUGGUGCUAACCCAGUAAUAUGCUAGGAGUCCUCCCCUAUGGGUCAUCCACUGUCCCCAUUUCUAGACAGCCCUUAGUAACAACAGGGGGUUGCCAGGGGUAUAUUUAGGCCUGUAUUUAACUGGGAGAACCCAGGCUCACUAUCCUACUGUGUGCGCUGACCUGCAUGCAUAUCAGCUUGAAACAAUAGUUACUUACAGCACAUCUCCAUGGCCUACAGUGUGGUGCCAGAUUUACUGCAUUAGCCCAUCUGACACCUUUUACUCUGUUUAUAAAAUGCCUCAUUGUUGCACUUCUUACCCUUUUUGCUAUAAUAUCAAUAUCAGUGAAAUGGAUGUUGUCAACUAUCUUCGCUGCAUAGAUCACACUUUUAGUUGUGAACCACCAUCUUUCUGUGGCUCUGGUCAAAAGUAGUGCACUAUUUAGGGAAUAUGAUGCCAUUUGGGACAUGGACAUAGUGAGAGCUCUGCAGAGGGGUUAUGCACCUCAUGGGGCAAGUGCUCCUGUCCUGUGGCUUUUUUUUAUCUGUAGUGGACAGCAGGCUACCAAAUGGCACAUGCACAUAGUUGUCAUUGUACUAAAAAUAACUUGUCCUUUGAGGUGACAUUGUAAGGGGGAUGGCAAUACCAAAUUACACACUUGAAAAGGACAAUGCAACUACUUUUACUCACACUUACACACACACCUACCAUAGUAUUCAAUCUGAUUCAUAGUGCUCAGCCUAGAAUUCUACCAUAGUCCACAACUUGAUUACUAGCUGGGACCAGCAUUAGUUACAGACCACCAUUGUUUUAUAUAUACUAGGUCCCAUACUGAAGAGUGUUUUAAAAUGUAAUCUUCUUACAAAGCAUUUGACAUAAUGUCUGACUUGUUGCAGAGCAACUCUUCUCUAUACAUGUUUGAUGUUUUAUCUUAAACGGGACAUACAGUACUCUCAAUUGUGAAUGAACUACGAUACAUGCGACGCCUCUUGUCGUUGUCUGCCGCACCAUGUUAACUCACUGGAAAUAGGAUGGUUCAUCUGUAAAUGUACAUAGAUUCUGUUGAUAUUUAAAUGUAUAAAAUAAGAGUUCAUGACCUUGGCAGUAACUGUCUUUGAAUGCACUGUGGUGACGUGCUGUUUUCCAGCUGGUGUUCAGUGUGUAGUCUAGUAGUGUACACACAAACCAAGGCUGAGAAGCUAUUCCAUUCACACUCAUUGACUCGAACCUAUUGUGCAAAAUAAAUGGGGAAAUUGAAACUGGAAUAAUAAAAUGGAAUAAUUCCCA